GAAGAUAUACUUAUCCUCAGAACAUCGCCGUCCUCGCAAUCUCUGACGGCUGCGAUGGUCCUGCACACAUGAUCUCCGCGUAGAACACACCACGUGCAAAAUGGAUUGGGAUGCGGAUUAAAGCAUCCGGGUUGCCGAUCCCAAAUUAAGGCAUCAACAUCAUCCACACGGUUAAUCCUCAAGGCGACCCAAAAUAAAUUUAUUGGUCCGAAAGGUUCCGAUCCUCUAGCGCCAAAAGUUUUAAUUGUCGUUUUUCUCUCUAAUCAAUAAUAUUGCAUUUUAUUCUAUUGACCACCUUAUCUUCUCUCCACCAACGACUUAUAUUUUGUUCUGUCUUUUCCUUCUCUCCGUAGAAGAAGUAUCUAAUAAUAUCCUCACCUCUCCUCUCAAUUCUUUUUCACAGACAUUCAUCAUGGUUGGCUCUACUGGUUCAACAAAGGUGGAUGCAGUCGUCCAACAGGUCGCUGCUAACACCCCAGAGAAGCUCAGUGGUUUCGCCCUUUACUCCAGAUUCGCUUUGGCAGGAGCUGUCUGUUGUUCAGUCACCCACGGUGGUCUCACCCCCGUCGAUGUCGUCAAGACCAGAAUUCAACUCGACCCCGUCACAUACAACAGAGGAUUGAUCGGAGGUUUCAGACAAGUUAUUGCAAAGGAGGGAGCUUCUGCUCUUUUGACCGGUGCUGGACCAACUUUCGCUGGUUACUUCCUUCAAGGCGCAUUCAAAUUCGGAGGUUACGAACUCUUCAAGCAACAAGCCAUUAACAUGAUCGGUUAUGAAAAUGCCGUCAACAACAAGACCGCUGUCUACUUGGCUUCCUCCGCUACCGCUGAAUUCUUCGCUGAUAUCGCUCUUUGCCCUCUUGAGGCUACCCGUAUUCGUUUGGUCUCUGACCCUACAUACGCCAAUGGUCUCAUUGGUGGAUUCUCCAAGAUGUUGAAGAAUGAGGGUGUUGGUGCCUUCUAUGCUGGUUUCGGACCAAUCUUGUUCAAGCAAGUUCCAUAUACCAUGGCCAAGUUCGUCGUUUUCGAGAAGGUCGUUGAGGCUAUCUACACCAAGGUCGACAAAUCCAAGACUUCCGAUGGAAUGCAAACCACCAUCAACUUGGGAUCCGGUCUUAUCGCCGGUAUGGCUGCUGCCGUUGUCUCACAACCAGCUGAUACCAUGUUGUCAAAGAUUAACAAGACCAAGGGUCUUCCAGGAGAGGGAACCACUUCCCGAUUGAUCAAGAUCGGUAGAGAGUUGGGUUUCAGAGGUUCAUACACUGGUAUUGGUGCUCGUCUUGCUAUGGUCGGUGCUAUUACUGCCGGUCAAUUCGCUAUCUACGGUGAUAUCAAGAAGGCUCUCGGUGCCACUGGUGGUGUCGAUUUGGCUGUUAAAUAAAUGAUUGUAUAAAAGCAGUUGUUUAAAAAGGGUUUACGGGAUCGUCGGAUAUCUUUUAGCGAACCCGCAUGCAUUUGUUUAUUCCAGCAAACCUUUUCUUCCUCGCCUUUAUCAAAAAAUACUCCGGUCUGUCUUGAAAUAGAGAAGGAAUAGAUUAGAUGAUGGACUGGAACUUCUAGAAGAGGAUGGGGAGGAAAGGAAGGGCUUUUCAUGGCGUCUGUCUGUAUAAUAGAGACUUCUCUCCAAUAGAAUAGAUGACAAUUGGAUGUGGCUUAUGUUGAUUGGCUUUGAAAUUUGAUCUUGA